UAUUACGGACGCGGAUUUGGCUACAAUUGUGGUGUAGCCUUUGCCAAUUUACUUGGAACACUCGUCGCUAACGGUCAAAAUGGGACUUAAACUUUAUUUGUACGUGCACCUGGUGCUUAGCCUCAGCCUGACAACAGGACAAGAGCUUAAGAUAAUCUUUUGGAUUGAGCCAGUGCAGCGUGCAGAGUUUGGAACAGAUUUUGCGGCAGUACUAAAGGAGUUGGACUCACUGAAAUUGGGUGUGACUAUAAGCGAUGCUGUAUUGGAGCUCAGGCGCACCGAUGACCAGCAAGACAUGGAAAAUUUUUGCGAGAUACUGGGCAGUGUGGGCAGCACAGUGGUUGUGGACUUGAGCUAUAAUUUCUGGUCUGAAGGCAACGAGUUGGCGCGCGCCCAUGGCAUUGCCUAUGUGCGUCUGGACAGGAUGAUGCGUCCGUUUCUAACUAUGUUCAGUGAUUUCAUGCGACUGAAGCGCGCUAACAAUGUGGCCAUGAUCUUUCAAAGUGAUCGCGACACCAUGGAGGCCAUGUUACAGCUGCAGGACGGCUAUCCAUUUCGCACGCUCAUCAUAAAUGCCAGCGAUGCCCAGCCGAUAGAUUUUGCCGAGCGUCUACUUGCUUUGCGACCCCCACCCACCUAUUAUGCGAUUUUUGCCCGAGGCGCCGCCAUGAAUGGAAUCUUUGAGCUCGUGGAAAAGAGCAAACUUUUCCAGCGGCCCACCGAGUGGCAAUUUGUUUUCCUCGACACCAGAGAUCGCGUCUUUAAGUACAAGCGAAAUGUGGAGUUUGCCACACGCUUCCUUCUGAAUGCACGCGCCAUUUGUCGCUCAAUGCAGAUGCGAGAUCUUUAUUGUGGCAGUGGAUUUACGUUACAACGUGGGCUGCUUCUGGACGUGAUACGGAGCCUGAUUGACGCGGCGCUCGUGAGCCAACCAUUUCCACAGCCAGUUCACCUGGACUGCAAUACGAGCAGCGAGGUAACAAAUGCGAUAGAAACAAACAGUAUCUGGUUUCAGAAUGUUCAAUGGAGUAACUUUGUGGGCUACGCGCCGGAGCAGGCGAACGAUGAGGAACCGGUGACGAAACUGACAUUUGUGGCCAAUAUAUCGGCUGGCUACUAUUCCAGCGAGCACGAGGCCAAAACAGACCUGGCCACCUGGCUGUCUGGAGAGCUGCGACUGGUCAACGAGACAAUCAGUCCGACUCGUCGUUUCUAUCGCAUCGGCACCGCAGAGAGUCUGCCCUGGAGCUAUUAUCGCCGCGAUCCAAAUAGCGGCGAGUUGCUACGCACACCAACCGGCGCACCCAUCUGGGAGGGCUUUUGUAUCGACUUCAUUGAAGCGCUGGCGAACAUGCUCAACUUUGACUAUGAACUUGUGGCGCCUCAAAAGGGACACAUGGGUGAGCGCAAUGAGCAGGGUGAGUGGGAUGGUGUCAUCGGCGAUUUGGUCAGUGGUGAAACUGACUUUGCCAUUGCUGCCCUCAAAAUGUACUCGGAGCGCGAGGAAGUUGUUGACUUUCUGCCCCCUUACUACGCCCAUACGGGCAUCUCAAUUGUGAUGCGUAAACCGUUGCGCCUCGCCUCGCUGUUCAAGUUUAUGUCGGUGCUGCGGCCGGAGGUCUGGCUGAGCAUUGUUGGUGCCCUGAUGGCAACGGCACUGCUGAUCUGGAUCUUGGACAGGUAUUCACCAUACAGUUCGCGCAACAAUCCCGAUGCCUAUCCAUACGAAUGUCGCCAGUUUACGUUGAGGGAGAGCUUCUGGUUUGCAUUGACCUCGUUCACGCCCCAGGGUGGUGGUGAAGCACCCAAGGCACUGUCCGGACGCAUCCUUGUGGCCUCCUAUUGGCUAUUUGUAGUCCUUAUGCUGGCUACAUUUACGGCAAAUUUGGCGGCGUUUCUCACGGUGGAGCGUAUGCAGGUGCCUGUGCGGUCACUGGAACAGCUGGCUCGACAAUCGCGUAUUAAUUAUACGGUGGUCAAUAACUCGGACACUCACCACUACUUCAUAAACAUGAAGUUCGCCGAGGAUACGCUGUAUCGCAUGUGGAAGGAGCUGGCGCUGAAUGCAUCCGAAGACUUUCAUAAAUUUCGAAUUUGGGACUAUCCGAUUAAGGAACAGUUUGGAAAAAUUCUGGUUGCCAUCGGCACCUCAAAUCCAGUGCACAAUGCUAGCGAGGGAUUUAAGAAUGUGGAGGAUCACCUUAAUGCCGAUUAUGCUUUCAUACACGACUCAGCGGAGAUUAGGUAUGCGGUCAGCAAGAACUGUAAUCUAACGGAGAUUGGCGAAGUCUUUGCCGAACAGCCCUAUGCCGUCGCCGUACAGCAAGGCAGUCAUCUUGGGGAUGAGCUAAGCUAUGCGAUCUUGAUGUUACAGAAGGAACGCUUUUUUGAGAAUUUAAAAGAGAAAUACUGGAAUGAAGAUAAUCGGGGCUGUGCCGAUCUCGAUGAACAAGACGGCAUUUCUCUGAAUAGUCUGGGCGGUGUUUUUAUGGCGACAAUAGUUGGCCUUGUCUUGGCCAUGUGCACGCUAGCUUUUGAGGUGUUUUACUAUCAAAAGAAAAAAGCGCAAUUGGCGCUGAUUAAGAAGGUUAAACCGAUGUACGGGGAUGAACCGACCAAAUUUGCCUGGCUUGACACCACGGAUAAGUCCAAGGGAGGCGAAACAAAUACCAAGAAGACUGCUAAACUGACGCCGCCACCAUCAUUUGAAGCUGCUACAUCCCGAGGCGAAAUGAAACCGAACUCCAUCAUGCAGGGCGCUGGAAAGUUCAAGGCCCGGAAGCGCGUUUCGCUCCAUGACAAAUUCUCAAUAGAUUCGGAAAUGCAUUACUUGGAAUAAAAUAUUACAUUCACAACGAACAAUAAUUUCAAACAAUAAUACAAAUAUAAACAUUUUGUAUUACCUGAUUAUCUGCUUGACUGUGCUUGUCCCCUUCGCAUAGCUUUUAGUAUUUAA